AUGAAGAUGAGACGCCAUAAGCUCUUUCUGACUCUCUGCAUGGCUGGUCUUUGCCUCAUCUCCUUCUUGCACUUCCUCAAGGCYCUUUCCUAUGUCACCUUCCCCCGGGAGCUAGCAUCACUUAGUCCCAACCUCGUCUCCAGCUUCUUUUGGAACAAUGCACCCGUCACACCUCAGGUUAGCCCUGAGCCAGGGGGUGCGGAGCUCUUCCGCACGCCUCUGUAUUCCCACUCACCCUUGCUCCAGCCGCUGUCUCCCAGCAGAGCCAGUGAAGAACUGCACAGAGUUGAGUUUGUGCUGCCAGAAGACACAACAGAGUAUUUUGUCCGUACCAAAGCUGGUGGCGUUUGCUUUAAACCAGGCACCAAGGUGUUGGAGAAGCCUCCUGUGGGAGGGCGGCCUGAGGAGCGAGUGGAUGGUGCCGCCUCAGGGCGGCCCGCUCGCAAGCUGCUAAGUGCCGGUGGCACCAAGCGACGCAAGUGGGUAGAGUGUGUCUGCUUGCCAGGCUGGCAUGGCCCGAGCUGUGGGGUCCCCACUGUAGUGCAGUACUCCAACCUGCCCACCAAGGACCGCCUCGUGCCACGGGAGAUCCCUCGGCGGGUCAUCAAUGCUAUCAACGUCAACCAUGAGUUUGACCUGCUGGACGUCCGCUUCCAUGAGCUGGGAGAUGUGGUGGACGCCUUUGUGGUGUGCGAGUCAAACUUCACGGCCUACGGCGAGCCGCGGCCCCUCAAGUUCCGCGAGAUGCUCCUCAAUGGCUCCUUCGACUACAUCCGCCACAAGGUACUCUAUGUCUUCCUGGACCAUUUUCCCCCCGGCGGCCGCCAAGAUGGCUGGAUUGCUGAUGACUACCUGCGCACCUUUCUCACUCGAGAUGGCAUCUCUCGCCUCCGCAAUCUGCGCCCGGAUGAUGUCUUCAUCAUCGAUGAUGCUGAUGAGAUCCCAGCCCGGGAUGGGGUGCUCUUCCUCAAACUCUACGAUGGCUGGACAGAGCCUUUCGCCUUUCAYAUGCGGAAGUCACUCUACGGCUUCUUCUGGAAGCAACCAGGCACCUUGGAGGUGGUCUCGGGCUGCACUAUGGGGAUGCUCCAGGCUGUCUACGCCACGGAUGGCAUCCGUCUACGGCGCCGUGAGUAUUACACCAUGCCUGGUUUCCGGCAGUAUGAAAACAGCACAGGACAUAUCCUGGUGCAGUGGUCACUGGGAAGCCCCCUCCACUUUGCCGGCUGGCACUGCUCCUGGUGUUUCACGCCGGAGGGGAUCUACUUUAAACUGGUAUCAGCCCAGAACGGGGACUUCCCCCGCUGGGGUGACUAUGAGGAUAAACGAGACCUCAAUUACAUUCGGGAGCUGAUCCGGACUGGCGGCUGGUUUGAUGGCACUACGCAGGAGUAUCCGCCUGCCGACCCCAAGGAGCAGAUGUACGCUCCCAAGUACCUGCUGAAGAACUACCAGCGGUUCCACUACUUGUUGGAGAAUCCCUACCGAAGAGCAGAAGGGGCUGGGUGACGCCACCGGGGUUUGCAUAGGAAAUUGGAACUUCAUGACAAAGGGAAAGUGCCGAGUGUUUUGUCAGUUCCUUUCUUUUUUUU